AUGGAGGUUUGCAAUAGAUGCAAAAAGGGGCAUCUACGUUCAGAGGGCAGAUUUGCACAGAUGAUGGUGAUAUUAGUAUUCUUGCUGCUGCUGCCUCACAUAGCAUGCCAGGCUCAGGUUUUGAAAUGUGGGAUGUGGAAUUCCUAUCUAACUAUUCCCAAAUAUUAUCAGUCAGGAGAUUUCAUCUAUGGUGGCAUUGUUUUUCAGGCCUCCUAUGUUCGUCCACAUAACUUCAGCAACUAUCCAUCUGGUCCACCGUUAAAGAAAAUUAUAGUGACUGAGAACUACCAGCACAUCCUGGCUUUGGCAUUUGCAGUAAAGGAGAUCAACAAAAAUCCCCAGAUAUUACCUAAUACUACGCUGGGAUUCAAAAUUUAUGACAGUUUUCUGAGACCAAGGUGGAUCUAUCAUGCUAUAAUGCAAUUUAUUUCUCCAAACAAAAAACUUGUCCCCAACUACAAGUGUGAGAACCAUGACAAUCUACUGGCAGUCAUCGCAGAAUUGGUCGCUGAUGUCUCACAAGAGAUACCAAUUGUUUUGGGCAUCUACAAGUUUCCUCAGCUUAUGUGUGGCUCUGCUACAGUUGAAACGGAGAGCAACAAUCUCCAUUCCUCCUACCAGAUGAUUCCAAGUGGAUUUCAUCUUUACAGGGGGAUUCUGCAGUUACUUCACCAUUUCAACUGGAGAUGGAUUGUAUUAAUUGCUGCAAAUGGGGAGAAUUUAGCGUGGUUCAUGACUAUAAUGUUUCCCAAAUUCUCCAACAGAGGCAUCUGUUUUGCUGUCAUAGAGUCAUUCACAAGUUUAUAUUUAUGUUAUGAUGCUUACACAGAAAUUACAAAAUGUGCAAUGGAAUUUUAUUAUAAGGUCACAAACAGCAAAGCCAAUGUGUUGGUCUCAUAUGGGGACACACAUUCUAUGAUUUUUUUGAUAUAUUUGGUAAGUAUAGAUGCAAUAAACAAGUCAAAAGGCAAAGUUUGGAUUCUAACAGUUGGGAUGGAGUUAAAAAAUGUUGUACGCAAAAGUCGCUGGGAUAUACGAGGAUUCCAUGGUGCUUUAUCACUUGCACUUCACUCCAAUGAACUUCCAGGAUUCAGACAAUUUAUUCAAAAUAGAAACCCUUCCAAUGUUAAAGGAGAUGGCUUUAUCAAGGACUUCUGGGCUCUGGCAUUUCACUGUAAAUUUCAGGAUUCUGUUCUGGGCAGCAUGAGUGGGAAUAUCUGCACUGGAGAGGAGAAGCUGGAGACCCUUCCCCAGCAUGUCUUUCCAAGGAGUGUAACAGGCCACAGCUACAUCAUCUACAAUGCAGUCUAUGCUGUGGCUCAUGCUUUGCAUGCCAUGUAUUCAUCCAUACCCAAAAGGAGGGCAAUGUUGAAAGGAGAGAGAAGGAAGCAGCAACAGCCCUGGCAGCUCCACCACUUUCUGAAGAUGGUGUCCUUUAACAACAGCGCUGGGGAAAAUGUUUUCUUUGACCAGAAUGGUGAGUUAGUUCCACGAUUUGACAUCAUAAAUUGGAUCACUUUUCCCAACCAAUCUUUCAUUAGAGUAAAAGUUGGAAGCAUGGAUCCCCGGGCACCUGGAGAUGAAGCAUUUACCAUUAAUAAGGAUGCCAUUAUAUGGCACAGCUGGUUUAACCAGGUACAACCGUUUUCUGUUUGUAAUGCCAACUGUCAGCCUGGUUAUAGGAUGAAAAGAAAGGAAGGGCAGCCCUUCUGCUGCUAUGACUGCAUCCCUUGUCCAAGAGGGAGAAUGUCUGACCAUAAAGAUAUGGCUGAGUGUUCCACAUGCCCAGAUGAUCAAUAUGCAAACAAGGAUCAGAAUUUAUGCCUUCCCAAGAUUGUAAGCUUCUUAUCUUAUGAAGAACCUUUGGGCAUCAGUUUAGCCAUGUGUUCUCUUUCAUUUUCUUUGAUCACAACUCUGGUGAUAAGAACAUUUAUGAAACACCAUAACACUCCCAUCGUCAAAGCCAACAACCAAGAUCUGACCUACACUCUUCUCAUCUCCCUCCUACUCUGCUUCCUUUGUGCAUUUCUAUUCAUUGGCCGACCUGAGAAGGUGACGUGCCUCCUCCGCCAAAUUGCCUUCGGUAUCGUCUUCACCAUGGCUGUUUCUUCUGUGUUGGCCAAAACUAUCACUGUGGUUCUGGCUUUCAUGGCCACACAGCCAGGAGCCAGGAUCAAGAAGUGGGUGGAGCAAAGCAUGGCCAACUACAUUGUUCUUCUUUGCUCCAUUUUUCAAGCAGGCAUCUGUGUUGUGUGGCUGGCAACCUCUCCCCCAUUCCCAGAUUCUGACAUGCAUUCAGUGGCUGAAGAAAUUGUACUGCAGUGUAAUGAGUCAUCAUCCAUAAUGUUUUACUGUGUACUGAGCUACAUGGGCUUGCUGGCCAUUGCCAGCUUCACUGUGGCUUUCUUUGCCCGGAGGUUGCCAGACAGUUUUAAUGAAGCCAAGUGCAUCACUUUCAGCAUGUUGGUGUUUUGCAGUGUUUGGUUGUCUUUUGUCCCAACCUACUUGAGCACAAAGGGGAAAUACAUGGUAGCUGUGGAAAUCUUCUCUAUCUUAUCCUCCAGCGCUGGGUUGCUGGGUUGCAUCUUUUCUCCCAAAUGUUACAUUAUUUUAUUGAGGCCAGAACUGAACAAGAAGGAGCAUGUCAUAAGGAGAAAGCACUGA